CCCUCCCUCUCUCUCCCUCACCCAUGUUGCUUUUCUCUUGCCGCUGCCGACUUGUUUCGUUUAUACUUCGUACAAGUGGUACAGUGACUGACAUUAUUGCUUUGACAAAUGUGUUCACCAAAGAAACAACGUAGCUGCAAGUCCUACUCGCUGUGAUCGACGUUCAUCAUUCGUCAUGGAGAGUGCAGGCGAUGGGAAUGCAUCUAACCUAAAGAACUUGUGGGAAAGUUUGCACCUGCUUGUGACAUCCAAAGCAAGUGAAAAUUUUGCGGAAAUCAAUGAUCUACGUGGAGCUCUUCUCUCAAACUUAAAAGCAGCAACCUCUGCUCUUGGCUUCGGGGAUGUCAAGGAGAUUCCUCGUCUGGGUGAUGCCAUCAAUUGUCAUUCCGACAUUAUUUGGGACUUCGUUGAAACCUCCUUGUUCGUUCUUCUCAAGCUGAAAGAAAAACUGAUGGAUGAUGUUUUAAGUGUUUCUCAGCAGAAAGAUGUUCGCUCAUGCCUACAGUUUUUAGUAUCGUUGGGAAUACAGCCAAAUUUAGUUCCAAAUGUAAUGGCCAUUCCUUCUGACAGAAAGGCUCUUAUGGAUUUCUUGCUGGAACAAUCUAGAACUGAUAUGCAAAAGUAUGAACGCCUAUGCGUUGUUGUAAAAGCUAUUCUUGCUUGCUGUGAAAACUCACACUUAAGGUCCCUUAUUAUUGCUACCUGUAUCAACCCUCUUCUAGUCAGCCUAUUCCAGCUUAGUUACGCUCCUCUGAAAAAGCCAUCCGAAGAUUCAAACUCAAUUUCCACUCCUGCCUGCGAAAGCUUUGUCAUGACAACUGAUAUUUGGAAUAGGUUGCAAACUGACAGGGCCUAUUUUAAAAUAUUGCUACAUCAACUAGUUAAAGAAACAUACCAGCCAAAAAUUAUGUUUGAACUCAUGAUGCUGCAAGGAAAUCAAAACAACUUUUUACCGCCACUGUGGCUGCGGAAAUCUUCAUCAAGUCUUCUCACAUCUCGUUUAGUCCAGCCAGGUGGAGUUGCAGCAUUAAUUAAAGCUGCAUUUGAUUCAGCACCAGACACGGGAAGUGACUGGAAAAAAACUGAUGCUUUAGCUAGAGUUAUUACAAGCCCUAUAAACCAUUAUGACAGUAUUGCUUCACAGUUGUUUAAACUUGUUGAAGUGUCUCGAGAUGGAGCGAGUAAUAUGCAUUUUCUCAUUCUGUCAUGUAUUAGACAAUUACUUGAUAAGGAUGCCUCUGUCUGUCAUAAAUUUAUUAUUGGGCCUUUGCUGCAGCCGCUUGAGUAUGUUUUCUCUUGUGAAAAUUCACCUCAAGAGGAAGGAGACAUCAUACUGCCUGAAGAGAAAUUGGAUGCCUUAUUCAAACAGAUUCAUUUAUGUUUUACCCCAGGUAGUAAAGCUGCAUGUGUGAAUUUGCCAGGGAACAUUCUUGCACCUUAUGUUUCAUUAUUUUUUAAGCUGUUUUGUAAAUUACAUGGAAGUGCUAGUAAUUUAUGUAAAAUAAGUGAAGAUAUUCUGUAUCAUAUAAUUUGUGAUUGUGAUCAAUUAGCAUUAACAAGAGUUUUGAAGUGUAUAUUGUUGAAUGAAGUGGAAGAAGAUACACUCUUACUUCCAGAUUCUUUUGGCUUUCAAUUUGGACCAAAUGGAGGAGUUAUUUUGCAAAUUUGUUCAGAACCGAAGAAGGACUUGUUUUCAUCUUCUGUUGAAGAAUGUGGUGACAUGCUAAUCGCCUUUCUUGAGUUAAGAAAUGACAGUGAACUUUCAGUUUUGGUUUUUGAAGUGCUGCUCAAAUUGUUGAUUGAAAUGGGCAUGAAACCCAAAACAGGAGUCCCCAAUCUUACCACCCUAGGCACAUUGGAAGACAACUUGGCAUCAUUAAUGUUAUCCUCAGAGAAACAUCUGGGUGUCGUAAGACUGCUAGCAGCUUUGGUUGAAAAUACCAAUGUGCGCCAAAAACUGUCAGAAAGUCCAGAGCACAUUUUGGCCUUCAUUGUAAACUUUUUUGAAACACUCAUCCAUGGAGGCUCCCUCUCAGAAUCUGGAGAAGAUGAGGAUUUAGAGUGUGUAUUUGUGGCAUUCAUGGUCCUUAAUGUCAUGCUGGACAAUUGUAAUGAGACCACAGAUUGGUCAGUGUUUAGCAACCUUCUUCAUCCAGUCUGCAUAAUUAGAGACCAAACUAAAAAUGAGGAACUUCAAAGAUUAGCUUCUCGAGUUUAUAAUCUUGUUUCUACUUGUGGCGUUGUAGAUCAAAAUAUUCCCAAAGGUCGUGAAAAGCCUGAGAAGACAGAAUGUGAAGAAGCUUUCCAUGAUGCUUGUGAUCCUUUGCUUCCUGUUCGUGGUCAUGCCCUAGUCCAAUUGACAAAACUACUUAAAAAACGUGAUUCAGAAACAUUGGUGAAAAAGGAAGCAGUUUUAUGCCUGUUCAAAGAAAAUUUGAAUAAUUCUGAUUCGUUUAUAUAUCUUGCUGCCAUUAACGGCAUUGUUGCAUUUUCUAGUAUUCAUCCUGAUGUUGCUGUAAAAUCCCUUAUUGAGGAGUAUGUUGCAAUUUGCUCUGCUGGAGACAAUGAGACAAGAAAUCCUGAGCUCCGCAUGAAGGUGGGAGAAAUUCUAGUUAAAUUGGCUAGGGAACUGGGAGAGCUGGCUCCUAAGUAUAAGAAUGAGUUGCUAAAUGCAUUUUUAGUUGGCACGAAAGAUACUGACCAUCUAAUGCGUGCAUCUAGUUUGUCUAAUUUAGGAGAAAUAUGCCAGAUACUUGGCUUCAGAAUUGGCCCAAUAUUAAGAGAGCUGUUGAUCUGCAUUCAAAGUAUCCUGAAAUUUGAUAAAGCAGUUGAAGCAAGAAGAGCAUCAGUCAUGGUUGUUACUCAACUAUUGCGAGGUAUAGAAGCAGAUAUGUUGGAUGUGCUACAAGAUGCUGCCUUGGAGCUUUAUCGUCACUUGAAAAGAGUUUAUUGUGAGGAUGAAGAUGAUGUGGUUCGGCUUCAUGCUCAACUUGCACUUGAAGAACUUGGUAGACUAGCUCAUGGUUUUCUUUUCCCCAAAAUUUCUAUGGAAAAAAAAAUACAAAUUCUUCCCUAGUAUGUUACAUGUAUGUAAAAUUUUGUACCUUCAGAAUUACAUAAGUUAGUGAUCUCA